AUGCUCCUCUGGCGGCCGCGCCGUCCCCGCUUUUGCGUCUUCGUCAACGCCCGCCCACGCUCUGAAAUCCUCGACGACAUGCGCGCCCGCAUCGCCCGCGGAGAUAUCCACCUAGAGCGCCGCGAGGCUAUUGCUGCAAUGUGCGAUAUUGCCGUCGAUCGGGCGGGGAAAUUGCAGGCUGGGGAUGGGGUGUGA